AUGGAUGAUCCGAUCAUGUGGGGGUUUCUUCCUCUGCGCUACUGGUUGAGUCUUUCCUCGUCGAAUAAGCGAUGGGGAUUUGGAAGCCAUGAUAUCUGCUAUCAGACUAGACCACUGGCGCUGUUCUUCACCAUGGGCCAAGUCCUCCCCACCCAUCGACUGGCGCAUUCGCCGCACGGCGGUCUCGCGCAGCCCGUUGUCACUCAGGCGAUCCGAUUGCUGUCGAAGGGACCGUUCCCCGCCGAUCCCCAUCUUGCUCGCCCCGAGCGGCAGUCGUGGAGCCUGCAGAAUGUUUGCGUCGACCCGUUCUCCGACCUUCCUACGGCGUUUACGACCGACGGCCACGACUCCCAUUUAUCUCCAUCCUCCUUUGCCUGCAAUUCAUAUUCGUGGUUCCACAUCUUUCCGGAGGGCAUGAUACACCAGGCGCCUAAUAAAACAAUGCGGUAUUUCAAGUGGGGUGUUGCUCGACUUAUUCUCGAGGCCAGCGAAUGUCCCGACGUGGUGCCCAUCUGGCUAGAGGGUCUCGACCAAGUCAUGCAUGAAAGUCGCGAGUUUCCUCGCUUCCUGCCCCGGGUGGGCAAGGAGGUCAGUAUCACGUUUGGAAAGAAGGUGGAUACAGAAGCCGUCUUCGGCGAGUCGCGAAGGAAAUGGCAGCAGAUCAAGGCCAAGGCUGAGCGCACAUCGCCCGACACUCGCGAUCUUCCGCUUGGUGUUCUCAAUGACGAGCUCCUGUACGGAACGGAGGCAGUGGAAUUGCGCAAAGAGGUUACGAAAAAGAUUCGGGAUUUAGUCCUUGAAGUGCGACGUUCCAGAGGCCAUUCUGAUGAAGACCCCAAGGAGGGCCUCGUUGAGACUUGGAUCCGAGAAGGUCCUAAACGGGAUGGGAAAAUGUUGGAUGAUUCUUGGUUCAAGAAGAAUGCCUAUGCGAAACCAGCGAGCACUGCGCAUCACACUCUCGCCUCCAGUGGUUUCCGCAAUGAUCGCCUCCGCCCCUCCGCCUCCGCGGCGACAGAGCAGCAGCAACAGCAGCAGCCCUCGGUGAACGAGCUGAUCGACCAUCUCCGACGCACGCAAGUCACACGGCCCUCCGACCAGGGACCUGAGAAUCCAUAUGCCCAUAAUCGAUUCGUUGUUCCCCGCACUGUUCAUCCAUCCCUGCGCAACCUUCUCGAACUCCCCGAAACCCCGCCCCCGCGGCCACGUCCAGGCUCCCGCCGCCAUGCCGUCGGCGCACGACGGCUCAGACGAACGCCGGGGCCACCGCCCCCUCAGAGCUGGCUCGUGGGGAAUUAUAAUUAUCUAGAGAAUCGCGAAGAAGAGGAUGAUGCGGCGCAAGAGAGCGCCCGUGCAGGUCGCACGAUCUACCGAUUGGAGCGGUUACCCGGUACGACAUUCCCUGCAAAGGGGAGCCUGCAGCACACAGUCCUCAAAAACAUGGCGCUCUACUGGGGCUGGCACCUCGAGUACGACGGGCUGUUUCUCGCGGAUCUUCCCAACCACGUCAAGGUUCGCCUUCUCAGUUAUAUUAGUAUAUACACUCGUGACCACGAGAUUCCGCCGAGCUUGGGACUUCGACCGUUGUUCACUCGCCCGCAUCAUCCGGCUGGAGAUCACACUCCAGGUUUUGAAGUUGGCAGUGAGACCGCAGCGCAGCAGCCCGAGAAUGAUGGCGAAAUCACACGUCUCGACCUAGGCAGCGCACUGGGCCGCUGGCUCACGCUUAAGCAAGUCUCGAGCGAACUCUUGACCACUACCAAGAGACUUACCCCCCUGAUCCAGCAGCACACGGAUAGCGAAGCCGCAGCAGCCGUGCCAUCCUCCUGGGAGGACGAAUACGACGAACAACUGCCUCCACCAAAGGGCGCACCUUUAACAACCACAACCCUCCGCAUCCCGCGCUUCGAAAACCUCCGCUAUCUGUCCCUGGCGCACCCGACCCCCGGCUCCGCGAACUGGAACUCCCUCAUCACGCUCCUCUCGCGUCUCUCGCGCAUCACCCAUCUCUCCCUGGCCCACUGGCCCGUCCCCACGGUCACCCCGCACGCUCUCAACGCUACAGUCCGCCACCCUGCCCACCGCUCUUUGACUUUCGCGUACGGCGGAACGGACUCUUACGCCGCUAGCGAGAAUAAUUGGGCCGAGGCCGCGGGGAUCCUGCGGCGGCUGUCGCGGGCAACGUAUUGUCUGAAAUGGUUGGAUUUGGAGGGUUGCGGAGAGUGGAUUCCCGCGCUCAACUGGGUGGGUGUUGGCCCGGAUGGAGAAGUCUAUCCCACGGGCCCAGAGUGGAAUGGCUCUUGGCGGGACAUCGAAUGGAUGCGCCUCGGGGCGGGGUGGUUCCCCUUCCUGGACGGGGAUGAGCACGACGGGCAGAAAUUGGGCGGUGCAGAUGGGAGAAGGUCCCUGGCUGCUUCAAUGCAUGCACCCCCUCCUGCAGUCGAUCCGGAGACUUCCGAUGGUCUGCCGUGGGAUGUCGAGGAGGAGAGGGUCAAAUACCGUCGUCGGAAGGAGUUGCAGCGCUAUCGAGAGAUCGUCACGACAGCCAAAGAUGUACAGCGGGCGGUCCUGCGGGCCAGGAAGGAGGGGAAGGGCAAGUGGGUGACAUUCUCCUUUGGGUUAGAGAGAUUGGAAGACGACGCGUUGAAGAAGUUACUUGGUCCGCAGUGGUUGGGGCUGUUGCCCUGA